CUAACGGGAGCCGUUGCGGGUGGUUGGAGAGCGUGAGGGAAAAGGGGGAGACGCUGGACCGGGUUUCGGUGCGGCGGAGGGUUGCGUCGUGGGUCGGUGAGGGGCUGAGACAUGGGCUGUUUCUUCUCCAGGCGGAGGAAGCAGGCCAAGGAGCCGAAGCCCGACGCGGAGAGCGGGGUGCGAGACGGGGCUGUAUCUCCGGAGGAGGCCGAAAAACAGCCGCAGUACAGUUGGGACCAACGAGCCAAGAUUGAUCCUAAAGAUUAUAUGUUUUCUGGCCUCAAGGAUGAAACAGUAGGACGCUUACCUGGGAAAGUUGCAGGGCAACAGUUUGUUAUUCAGGAUUGUGAGAACUGCAAUAUCUACAUCUUUGACCAUUCUGCUACAAUUACAAUUGAUGACUGCACAGGCUGCAGAAUCUUUCUAGGACCUAUAAAAGGCAGUGUAUUUUUCCGUGACUGCAAAGACUGUAAAUGUGUUGUAGCUUGCCAACAGUUUCGUACUCGGGACUGUAGAAAGAUGGACGUCUUUCUGUGCUGUGCUACCCAACCUAUUAUUGAAUCCUCCACAGGUAUGAAAUUUGGUUGUUUCCAGUACUAUUAUCCAGAGUUGGCUUUGCAAUUGAAAGAUGCUGGGCUGAGCAUCUUUAACAACACAUGGAGCAAUAUCCAUGACUUCACACCAGUCUCGGGAGAAAACAACUGGAGCCUUUUAGCUGAGGAUGCUAUAGUUCAGGACUAUGUACCACUGCCAGCUUCUGAUGACCUGAAAGCUGUCAGGAUUUCAGCUGAUGCCAACAGAAGUAUCAUUCCUGUAACACAAGGAAGACGUCCAAAACACAGUGAAGAGUCCUGCCUGGCAGUAUUCUUUGCUGGAGAUUAUACAACUGCAAAUGCACGAAAGUUAAUUGAUGAGAUGGUGGGCAAAGGUUUUUGGCUGAUUCAGACUAAAGAAGUUUCAAUGAAAGCUGAUGAUGCUCAGCGAGUGUUCCAGCAAAGAGCAUCUGAAUUUAUACCUUUACUUGAAAGAGGUCCUGUUGUUGCUCUAGAGUUCAAUGGAGACGGUUCUGUAGCAGCCUGCCAAGAUAUUGUUGCUAAUGUUUUCAGUGGAGCUAAGGUUUUUGUAUCGGAAGACAAGUCAUCUGCUUCCAGGGAAGUAGACAAUUUCUAUAAUUUUGCAGAUAUGCAGAUGGGAAUGUGAACAAUCAGAAGCAUUCUAUUCAGAUGUGAUCACUUCCGUGGUUUAGGAAUACAUUAAGUCUGUAUAGCACUCUUGAGUUGUGACAUGUUUUGAAGGAAAGAAGACUUUUCUCAUCUUCUCACACAAUUUUAUAAAAUGGAAUGCAUCCCACAAAGAAAACAAUUCAGAUACGUUUGCAAAUUCAAUUUAACUCUCACCUUGCUAUUUCUAAUUAUUUCUUGCAUAUAAUGUUUAAUUGUUAUGAUAAAUGAAGUGUUUGCACCUAUAAUAUAGUGGUGCCUCGCUUAAUGAAGAUAAUCCGUUCCAGGAAAUCCGCUGUUAAGCGAGAACAUCGUAAAGCGA